CGUUCCCUAAAACCCUAGCUCCAGCCUCCGCCCUCCAGAACCAACAAAACCCGCGAAGCCACAAGGGCGAAAGCGGCGGCGGCGAUGGGGAGUGACACGGAGGCGGAGAAGAAGAAGACCCCGGUGGCGCUGGCGCCCAUCGCGAAGCCCCUCGCCGGCAAGAAGCUCUGCAAGAAAACCCUCAAGCUCGUGCGCCGAGCCUCGGAGGCCAAGUGCCUGAAGCGGGGAGUCAAGGAGGUGGUCAAGAGCAUCCGCCGUGGAAACAAAGGGUUGUGUGUGAUUGCUGGAAAUAUUUCUCCUAUUGAUGUGAUUACACAUGUUCCAAUACUUUGUGAGGAAGCUAAUAUUCCUUACAUAUAUGUUCCAUCAAAGGAGGAUCUUGCGACUGCGGGAACCACUAAGAGGCCUACUUGUUGUGUUUUGGUUAUGACCAAACCAGCCAAGGGGGAGAUCAGUGAAGAGGUGAAGGAGAAACUUAAGUCAGACUAUGACCAGCUUGUGACGGAAGUUGCUGAAGCUACAUCUGCAAUGUUCUGAGAAUAAUUCCAGAUCACAGUAACUGGGAAUCAGGCAACUCAUUGUGCACAUCUUUCUUGGUGUAAUGUGUAACAUGAUACUGUCAGCCCACCCUGCUUGUGUGAACUGCACCAGUAUGUUUUCCAGGGUGGCUGGAGCACCAUCGGUUGCUCACCUAUAUUAUGGAUUGCCCUUGUUGGGCGUACUAUUCUAUUAAUGAUUACAUAAAAUUAGCCAAUUAUAAUGAUUGGUGAGCAGAUUGCUUA